UUUCGGUCUCAUUUCAGGCGCACUGAAUAGCGAACAAAAGACAAUGAAUUUAUUGCAACUCUCGCUUAUGGCUGACGAGGAAUCGGAACCGGCUAUACAUGUGGUGGCGGAAGAGCAGGGCAAAGCGGUGCUUCCGUGUAACGUGAGUCGACCCCUUAACGACUCAAUCGAUCUGAUCCUAUGGUUCAGAGGGGACGCCGAGACGGCCCUCUACUCGCUGGACGCCCGCAAAGCCAAUGGCAUUCAACGGGCGAAACAUCUGGUCUCCGAUGAUCUCAGCUCUCGUGCCUAUAUUGACAUAACGGGAAAGUAA